AUGAGGGACACAUCAUUCGGAACCCCAAGACUCAUGCUGCUCUUUCUGCUUGCAGAAUUAGCGCCCAUCAUCGUUGGAUUGUUACAGUUGAGUCCAUUCGAUGACGUGAAGGUGUGGAAGCACUGGAUUGGAACAAAAGCAGUGCUAAAGGGUUCUGAAGAACGCCUCCAUACAAUUGGAAAAGCUCUUAUCUUGCGUCGUACAAAAGAAGAAGUCAGUUCCAUGUCUCCUGAUGCAGGCAUAAUUCUUCCAAAAUAUAUAGAGGAGAUCGAGGUGACCCUAUCAGAAUCAGAAAAUCAGGUGUACACGUACCUAUUUGAUUAUGCAAAGUCGGUCAUGAGACAAUUCUUGAAAGCCCAGAAGGAUCGGCAGGAUGAGCUGCAAAAUGCUGCUAAUAAUUACGUUGCAGGCGCCAUACGACGUGGAAAUAAAAAGAACGAAACGGCCAAGGAUGCACGGUUCUCUCAAAUUCUUUGUUUGUGUGUUAGACUUCGUCAGCUUGCUGUUUUGCCUUUCUUGAUCAAGACAAUGCUCGAUGACGAUGAUGUGGACGAGUCAGACUGCGACACGAGUUACAAUCCGUUAGAUGAUCCAAUAAAUGCAAAAAAUCCAGUGUUUGAGCCUGGGUUCAAGUCGGCAAAAAUAAGAAAGGUCUUAGAAGAAUUACACAAGUUAAAAUUGGUUGCAGAAGAAAAAGGACAGCUCAUGGAUAAAGUCAUUAUUGUGUCACAAUGGACUUCGUUUCUUGAUAUCUUGGCUCAGCACCUGCGCAAGAAGGGUUUCAGCUAUGACAGUUUGGACGGACGUCUGAAGGUGCAAGAGCGGACGGAAGUAAUGAAUAAAUUUAACGGAAACCCAAAACGCCCUCAAGUGCUGUUACUCUCCAUUACGGCUGGUGGAGUUGGCCUUAACCUCACAGGGGCCAAUCACGUAUACUUUAUUGAGCCUCAGUGGAACCUCCAAAUUGAACGCCAAGCUCAGGACAGGGUUCAUCGCUUUGGCCAAACUAAGCCGGUGUACAUUAAAAGAUUUAUCUGCCAAUCUUCAUUUGAGCAGAGAGUUAUGGAAAUUCAACAAGUCAAGAAGGAAUUGGCUAACAACUUGGUAAAUAACUCUAAAAAGACCAGAUCGGCCGGCCUUAACGUGAUGGAUUUGAAAAACUUGUUCGAUCUCGCCUAA